AUGGUUGAAGAUCCGAAUACAUCUACUACUGCAGCAGAAUUUAUUAAGAAAUUAAAAGAUGCUGAAUGUAAUGAAGGUAAAACAAUUACAUUAGAAUGUGAAAUUAUUGGAACACCUAAACCUAGUGUUGAAUGGUUUGUUUCUUUUUUUUCUCGUACGAAAGAAAUCGCUCAAGAUGCUAAAUAUACUAUAACACGUGAUGGUGAUAAAUGUAUUUUGGUUAUUGAUAAAGCUACACCAGAUGAUCUUGAUGAAUAUAGCAUUAAAGUACGUAAUAAAGGUGGUUCAAGAAUGUGUCGUUGUAAUCUUAAUGUCCGAUCACCACCAAGAUUUCGUUUACCACCAAAAUAUCAAGAUGUUCUUAAUUAUGAUUAA